AUUUACUAAAGCAAUGGAUGACGAGAAUUAAGACUAUAUAAAGGUUUCUUAAAAUGUUGCUGAUAAAUUAAGAAGACAAGCUUUGGAAUUCAAGAAACUUAUGGAUUCAUUUCCAGAGAGAUUUAAAUAGGAUCAUAAUAAUUAAUAUUAUAUUUUGAGUUUGAAGUAUUUAAUUGCAAUAUUCAGGUGGCUUAAUUAAUGGAAGGAAUAUGUUUCAUAUGAAGAAUAAUUAGCUAACAAAAAUCCAAGUAAAAACUUUGGUAAACUAAAUAUGGAAUAAAUAAACAAUCAAUUAGAGGAUAGAGUUGUAAAAUGUUUCAGAUAUUAUCCUGUAAAGGAUCAUCCUUGGAAUACAUUCAUGAAAGAAAAUCUAUAAGAAAAUAUUGACUACAUAAUAGUUGAUAAAGAUAUUUGGUAAUUCUUUACAACAUAUUAUCAUGGUACACCAAUAAUAAGAAUGUCAAAUGGAUUUGAUAAUGAUAAAUAAGUAGCAGUAAAUUUAUUGAAAGUAUUUAUUUGAUGAUAUUUUUCGAGUUUAAAAGUACUUUGCUUUAUCCAAAUGUAAUAAAGUAGAUUGCAAUGGAUAAGUGUUUGAAAUAAACUUUUGAAAAAGAGUAUUUAUAAGUUGAUAGAAAUAUGAAAUUAAAAGAUUAUUAUAGUUUACUUUCAAGGACUGUUAACACAUUCACUAAAGAAUUUGCAAAAGAUAACAAUAUUAGAAUUUGGAGAUAUAAAACAGAUUAAAAAGAUAUUUUCAAAGCAUUAUUUACAGAUAUUUAAAAGUAAGUUGGAGAGUUAGAGAAUAGUGAUGAAAUGAGUUUCGACUUCAUUGGAGAUUAUAUACAUCAUUAAAUCUAUGAAACAAUAGAAGAUGUAGGCAUUUUAGAUGAUCAUUUAAUUAUUAUAGAAGUAAAACUAAAUUCUAUUUAAAUAGUUUAAAGAUGAGUAUAAACCUUGGUGUAUUCGUAAUAAAGCUGUUUAAGUAGAAGGAAAGUGUGAGAGUUGUUAAAUAAAUAAAGUGCUUAAUCAUCCAUGUGUAUGUAGAAAAGUAGCCUAUUGUUCAUAAGAAUGUAAAACUAAAGAUUACAACUAUCACAGUACGAGAUGUGAUAAGUUUGGAUCUGAUGAUGAUACUAUAAAAGGUUUGAGUUAAUAACCAAAUUCAGUUGGAGGUUUAGCUGGUUUAAGUAAUUUAGGAAAUACAUGUUUUAUGAAUAGUGGUACUUAAUGUAUAUCAAACACUGCUCCAUUAACAGAGUAUUUUUUAAGUAAUUAAUACUUUGAUGAAAUCAACAUGAAUAAUCCUAUUGGAACAAAAGGUUAAUUAGUGAAAAGAGUUGGAUCUCUAUUAAAAAAGUUAUGGUAUGGAGAGAAAGCUGUGGUAACACCAACAAAUUAUAAAAAAGCUAUUGGUUAAUUUUAACCAAUGUUUAAAGGAUAUCAUUAACAUGAUUCUUCUGAAUUAAUUACUUUUGUAUUAGAUGGCAUUCAUGAAGAUUUGAAUAGAGUAAAGAAAAAACCAUAUGUUGAAACUAAAGAUAGUGAUGGAAGAACUAAUUUUGUAGUAGCUAAAGAAAGUUGGUUAAAUCAUUUGGCUAGAAAUUAAUCUAUAGUAGUCGAUCUUAUGUAUGGAUAAUACAAAUCUACUUUAAAAUGUCCAAAAUGCGAAAGAUUAUCUAUAACUUUUGAUCCAUAUUUGAUGGUCUAAUUGGGAAUUCCUAGUUAGAAAAAAAGAACUAUUUCAUUUAAAUUCUAUGAUACAUUAUUUACUUCAACUACUAAGAUUAUACCAUUUGAUAAAAAUAAGAGUUUAUCAUUAAAAGAUUAUUUUCAUAUUUUAGGGGAUGAGUUAAAAGUAAAACCAUAAAAUUUAAUUGGUUAUAUUAGUAAUCAAUAUUCACCUUUAGAAUUUUUAAAGGAAAAUCGAUCAAUCGUUGAUAUAAGAAAAUAUGCUAAAAGAUCUUAAUUGUGCUUUAGAACAUUAUUAGAUGAAGAAGCUGAAAUAGUUAAUAGAUUUCCAAUUUAAUUUACAAAUAAAUAUGUUGAUUCUUUUAAAAAAUCAUAUUAAAAAAGUGGAUUUUUUAUAUUUGAUGGAUAAAUGACUAGAAAAUAAAUGCAUCUCAUGUUAUUUAAAAGUUUUAAACCAUUUUUUGCAAAUUACGAAAACUUAAACUAUGAAAAAGAUGUUUUGAAUAAAGUAAUAAAUAAAUUUAUAUUAAUUAUUAGUAUUAUAGUCUUUUUUACAAAUCAAAUUGUAAUUAUUGGAAUCCUUGUUCAUAUUGUUAAAAUAAGAAUUGCAACGAUUGUGAUGUAAAAUUUGAUGAUGAAAAACUUGAUGAAAUCUAAAUUAAAAAUAAUUCUUCAAAUACACAAAACAAUUAGGAAAUAAUUAUUUUAUGGAUAGAAUCUCCAUUUGAGUCUGUCAAAUUAGCUGAUAUAUUUGAUCAUUAUUGUAGUACUCUCAAUAAAAUAGAAAGUAAUAUAUAAUUUAAAUAUUUAUAGUCGAACAACAACCACAAUAAUCAAAACUUCCAUUUCAGAAUCAUGGUCAUUCAAAUCAGCAUUCUGGCAGUGUAACUUUGGCUGAUUGUUUAUAAUUUUCAUAAUAACCAGAAUAAUUAAAUGCAGAAAACACAUGGUAUUGUAAAGUAUGUAAAGACCAUGUCUAAGCUUUUAAAAGUAUGUAAAUUUAUAAGGUUUUAAAUAUCUUUUAUAUUAUGAUAGGCUCCUUAAAUAUUAAUAUUCACUUUAAAAAGAUUUAAAGCUUCCAAUAGAAUGUUUAAGUAAAAACUUGAAACCUUUGUAGACUUUCCAAUAAAUGGACUUGAUAUGACUGAUUAUCUAAUUAAUUCAAAAACACCUCAAGAUUAUGAAAAUGAGACAGAAGAUGAUAAUGGAGAAAAUAACAAAUAAAAAGCUAUUUAUGAUUUAUAUGCAGUUUCAAAUCAUUUUGGUGGCUUAGGAGGAGGUCAUUAUACAGCUUGUGCUAAAAAUAAAGUAUUCAUUUCCAAAUAUAUAAUAGUUUACAAAAAAAUGGUAUAAUUUUGAUGACUCUCAUGUUGGAGAAAUAAGUGAUAAUUAAGUAGUAACAAAAGCUGCCUAUGUUCUUUGUUAUUAAUUAAGAACUGAUGAAUCUAUGAAUUCAUAAGGGCAACACACACAAAUAAUUGAAUAAGAGUGAAUAG